CCAAAGAAAGGUAGGUCAGAUAAUAUCUCCCCUAUCUAUGUACUCCUAGAAUAAAUAACUUGAAGACUUAAGUGCAACUCACUCCAACUCUGUCUUCUUGUCCGAAACACCAAUCUUGCUUCCUUGAGGGAGAAGGGAGUGCGAGAACAGAAAAACUAGAAAAAUGCCACUGGCUCCUAGGAGAAGUAAAUGCGGUCAAAGGGAGGCUAACAAAGGAGCAUGGACAGCUGAAGAGGACCAAAAACUGGCCCGAGUCAUUGAAAUUCAUGGUCCAAAGAGGUGGAGAUCAAUUGCUGCCAAAGCAGAUCUGAAUAGAUGUGGCAAGAGCUGCAGGUUGAGAUGGAUGAAUCAUCUUAGACCAAAUAUUAAGAGAGGCAACAUAUCAGACCAAGAAGAGGACUUGAUACUCAGGCUUCAUAAGCUCCUUGGUAACAGAUGGUCUUUGAUAGCUGGAAGACUGCCUGGAAGGACUGAUAAUGAAAUCAAGAACUACUGGAAUUCUCAUUUGAGCAAAAAGAUAAAGCAAAAAGAGGAGAAACCGGUAAUAAUCUCAACAUCGAAACAACCUGAGCCAGAGAAAACCAAUGCACUGGGUAUGGAUAAUAUUGCCAAGGGAAGGGAGGAGGGUACUUCUAAGAGACUUGUGGACUCAAAAUCUAGCUUUGCUGGGGAUGACUUCUUUGAUUUCUCCAAUGAGGACCCUGUGAAUUUGGAAUGGAUGAGUAAAUUCCUUGAGCUGGAAGAGUCUUUGUAUGAAUUUCCAUGAUAUUGUAUGUUGCCUUUCGAAGUAGUAGUUCAUGCAUUCGUAUUUUUGUGAUGCUAGCUAUUGCAAGUUAAGGAGGUCUUCGAUAAUUUAA